AUGGCGUCUGGAAACGAAGUUAGAAGUUUUAUUAGAGGUAUUAAUAUUGUGAGAAAUAAAGCUGUUCUUAGUUCAUUACAAUCGUGUAAGCUCAAAGAAAAUUUAAGUGUUCUUGAAGACAAGAUUGCUAAAGUCUCGUCAGGCUCUCAACUCUGGGAACAUCUACGAGGGUUUCGCGCCAUUCUGGACUGUUUGCUUGCAAAUGUGGCAUGUAAUGAUGGGUCAACACGAGUUAAAUGUUAUAAAAACGCCUUGUGCUUUAAACAGGUUAAAUAA